AUGGCGGAUGCACCGAGUGAUGCUUCUCUUCCUGUAGAAGAAGAUGUUGAAAAACAGCCGAGUAAAAAAGUUGAAGAUGGUCCUAAGGCACCAAUGACCAAAGCAACUGCUGAAGAUUAUAAAUUACUUGAGAAGAUGAAUCAAGUGACUAUUCAAAAAUACGGUGACAUGAGAACGAUUACGUCAAAUAUAGCAACGUCCAUGCAGAACUUGAAUGAUAAAUUUAAAAGUUUACAGCCCUACUUGGACCAGAUAGAUCAAGUGGAAGAGAGUGUUGCAAAUUUAGAGCAAGCUGCUUACAGACUGGAUGCAUAUUCAAAAAGAUUAGAAUUGAAAUUUAAACAACUUGAGAAGAGGUAACUCCAGAAAGAAGAGUCUUGUUAUGUAUAUUUCUUGCAAUCUGUUUAUUUAGACAUUUACAAUAUUGUAGGUAUUGUUCAGCUUACCAGUAUGAAUUGAAAGCACAGAACGGUCUUAUCAUUCUUUGCUUAUUCAUAUACAGUGCACAUUAUUAAUAUUUUUUAAUUUAUUCAGAAUUAAUUAAUUAUACACUCGCUUUCAAGAAGGUUUGAGCAUUUUUUUGGAAAUUUAUAAAAAAAAUACCACAGAAGACCUUUGUUUGUUACAUAUAAAUCCAUAGAAGAAAUUUUCAUUUUGGAAAAUCCCAUUAUCCUUCCUCAUUGUCA